AUGACGAGCCAUGCCCUUCACCUCCAACAAGUUUUCCAGAUUUUAAUGGAGAACCGGCUGGUGCUGAAUGAGAAGAAAUGCACAUUCGCAAUGAGCUCGGUGGAAUACUCGAGUCACAUUGUCUCGGCACAAGGGGUCUCGGCGGAUCCUAACAAAACCACAGCGAUGCUAGAGUGGUCGGUGCCUACAGACCAGCGGGCGUUAAGGGGAUUCUUGGGCAUUAUCGGCUAUUAUAGGCGUUUUGUGCAAGGCUAUGGGAUGAUCGCCAAGCCAUUGAUGGAGUUAACAAAGCGAAAUGCGUUUGAAUGGAAUGACAAGGCCCAAGAAGCUUUCGAGAGAUUGAAGAGACUGAUGGCAGACCCACCGACUCUAGCAAUCCCGGAUUUCAAUCAAGACUUGUUAUCCCAGCAAGGCAGACCAAUAGCAUUCCUAAGCCAAGCACUAUCUCCAAGGGCCCGGCAAAAAUCUGCAUAUGAGAGGGAGUUGAUUGCCAUUGUCUUCGUUGUCCAAAAGUGGCGGCAUUACUUGUUGGGUCGCCAUUUUAUUGUUCUCACAGAUCAGCGAAGUCUGAAGUUCCUCACGGACCAGCGACUCAUGGACCCAGCUUACUUGAAGUGGACCACUAAAUUGUUAGGCUUGGAUUUUGAGGUCCGAUACCGGCCAGGCCUUGAGAAUAAGGCAGUAGAUGCGUUGUCACAACAAAUGAUGGUAAGGACAAUCUCGGUAGUGCACAUGAACCUCUGGGAAAUGGUGGAAGAGGAGAUGGCUCACGACCAAGAGCUACAAAAGAUCGUGGCCGCCCUACAGCAGGGGCUGACUAUCCAGGAGGCUGGUGGUAGCGAUUCAUUGGCGCGGCAUGAGGCAACGGGUCAGGGAUUAUGUUGCGGGCUGCCACACUUGCUAGUAAAACAAGCAUGCGGCGAUGAAAUCAGCAGGGCUGUUGCAGCCCCUACCAGUCCCGAAGAGGGUCUGGGAACACAUUACGAUGGAUUUUAUGGUGGCAUUGCCAAAAUCCAAGGCAUGGACACUAUCCUGGUAGUGAUCAAUUGGUUAACUAAGUAUGCUCACUUCAUCCCCUUAGCUCAUCCAUUUUCAGCCAAGGAGGUGGCACUAACCUUUAUUAAGGAGGUGGUUAAACUACACGGGUUUCCCAAGUCAAUCAUAUCAUAUAAGAAUAGGGUGUUCACGACACAAACAACUCCAUUUCAAGCACUUUAUGGUGUGCCAGCACCUGUUCUUUUCCGUGGAGAGACGUUUCCAUCGCAUGUUGAUAAGGUGGCAGCAUUGACUGCAGCCAAGGAUGCAGUGUUGGCAGAGCUGAAGACGCACUUGGUGCAGGCUCAGCAACGGAUGAAACAAGCAGCAGAUAGGCAUCGAAGGGAUGUCGAGUUCAAACCGGGUGAGUGGGUUUAUUUGAAAAUGCAACCUUAUCGGAUGCAGACACUAGCGCGGAGGGUCAAUGAAAAGCUAAGCCCUCGUUACUAUGGACUGUUUGAGAUGGUUGAGAGGAUAGGGGCAGUGGCAUACAUGUUAGCCAUGCCUCAAGGGUGCAGGCUCCACUCGGUCUUCCACGUUAGCAAGUUGAAAAAGGCCAUUCCGCCACAGCAGCAGGUACAGACGCUUCCACCGGGGCUAGUUGAGGAUGGCGAGUUGGUGAUGCAUCCAUCUCAGAUCGUGGCAUCACGAACCGCAAAGGACAGGGCUUUGGAGUAUUUGGUGCGCUGGGUGGGCCUCUCUCCUUGUGAGGACAGCUGGGAGCGAGCGGCGACAUUGCGGGCCACCUUUCCGGAGUUCCACCUUAAGGACGAGGUGGUUGUCCAAGGGGAGAGUAUUGAUAAAAAGGCUACUACUAACAGAUUUGGGUUGUUACAAAAGGAAAGGGAGUAA